AUGUGUCUAACAAAAGUUCUUUAUCUUUGCCUGCUCUUAUUAUGGAUACAAGACUCUGCUGCUCUGAAACUGAAAUCAGGUAAUUAACUUUUAUUUGUGUGAUUUAGUCACAUUUAUAUUGCUCUAUCCAGUGGUGAUAAUUGUUUUAAACGAAGUCAUGUUGAAUAUUUAAUGAGAGAAAAGUGCUAAGUUAAUCGACUUAUGUGUUUUUCUAUCUCGGUGUUAGUGAGAUGCGAAUUCAGAUUUUACGUCCUGCACUCCCAAAAAUCAAAGGUUGUCAUUGACAAAAAUAUUUAUGUAGCUUCUGUUGCAAGUGGUUUCAUUAAUGCAAGAUGUAGAAAAGAUAUUAUCCUAUGAAACUGUUAAAGACGAAGCAGACUUAGAAAGAUGUAUGUGGUGUUAAUUUAAUUGACACUUAAAACUAUGUCACGACAAUACUUUUAUUCUUCAGAGAAAACACCAAUGCAUAAGACAUGGCGUCAAAAACAUGGUACGUCCUACCAGGGGAGUGCCCAAGCGUCAAGACGAAGUACUUACCGUAUAAACAUGCCAAUGAAAGUUGCUAAAUUACUUCUUCCCCAAAUCUCCAAUAAAAACCAAGAGACAAUUAUAAGAAUAUAUCCAGACAAAUCAGCUGAGGCGCAAAAUCAGACAGGUCACUAUAUGCUGAGCCUUAGUUACAAGAAGUUGAAUGAUGGCAGUAGUGGACCACCUCUUCAACAAAAUGAUUGUUCUCCUGGCGGGUGUUGUUGUUGUCCUGAAAGUGAGUAUGAUCGUUUAAAAGACGAACCCUAAUGUAGUCCAAGAUUAUUCGCCAAUGUAGGUAAAACGUCUUUUAAAUGUUUUGGUUCACAACCUGCCACUUGUAUUUCUACUGUCUAAUAAGUUUAAGAAAGAAUGAAAAUAGUAACUUGUAAUCAAUGAAACUUGUUCUUACUUCUACUAUACAUGCUCCACCACUGAUGUUAUUUGAGUUGUUUUCUCUUCUUUUUGUUACCAUUUAUCGGACUGUGGCGGUGUCCAACUAGAAUGCUCAAGAUACUUUGACACUGCACACAUAUGUACUUUAUCUUCUCUUAGCCUAAUGAUUACUAACAAUCAUUCUUCUUUUUCCUUUAGUACGUAACGUGUGUUAAUGCCUCAUACAUUGUAAAAUAAAGAAUUUAAUUGAAUUAAACAGCAACUAUUGGUGCAAAUUGUAUCGCUAUAUAUAUAUUUGCCUUGUUGCUUUGCAUGUCACACGAAAAAUUGCUGAGUGGAAAACCAUCUUUUAUUCAGGCAAUUUUCUUGAAAAAAUAAAACUUGACAUUCAACUUGUUGCUUUAUGUUUGCCGUCAUUAAGGUUACGAAAAUGCCGUGCGCAAAACGAUCGUAUCAGGGCCAGUUUUAUACUCGGUAAUUUUAGGUGUACAGCUCGGUAAAGCAUGGACCAAUAGACCCACGAUUUAUUGUCAGGUGGUUCUGAUCAGAAGCCAUUGGACGAUGUUAGUUACCGUGAUAAUAAUUAUGUUCAUUGAAUAAAAGGGCACCACUUGAACAUCGAAAUACAUUAGAUCCUUACACAGUCAUCACACACCCCCUCUUUCUUGGUAAAUAGCCCUUAGCUAGUUUUCAAAUUAAAUGUAUCACUUUCAAACUUGGUAAAACUAAGACUUUCUUUUUGACGUAUUUUCAAGUGAUGAUUCCAGUAAAAAGUUGAAAACAACCGUGAAGGGGUCUAUCAAUUGAUUAACAGCCCCCGCAGCCUUUUCUAACUGCUUUUUAUUUUGUUAUGGUCACAGCCAAUAUAGAUCCCAUGUCCAUUUGUCGCCCGGGCUGUCCAGGUAUGUUAAUUAUUUCACCACUUCUUUUCUUUGUAAAAGUCGAUAAUUUUCUUUAAAGGUUAGCUAAAUGAGGAAAACUUCAAAUUAUUAUUUUGCCGCAAACCUAAAACAAUGAACAAUAUGUUUUUGAGGCGAUUGUCCUGGGAUUCGCCGUGGGUAGAUGACACUAAACACUAGCAUAUGCUCUCUUUAACUACCUUUAAAAAAUUGAUAGAAUCAAUACACACAUUCAUAUAUGAGGUGACGAGUCCCUAAAAGCUAUGAAGGCCACAUACCAGUAACAAAGCGGAAAAUAAAGCUCUCAUUGUAUAAUUAGCCCGGGCCGUUAUAUAUCAGUUGUUGUUAUAAUCACCGGGACGAAAAGUGGAUUUGUAAAAGUUGCAGUCGGCAAAUAUGUCGCAAAAAUGUGAAAACUGAGGAGUAACUCUGAGGCAAAUACAUUAAAUGCCACAUUUGGCUCCAUAUUUGCAACCCUGUAUUUUUUGGUAUGCAAAAAUCGGAAAUUUUUUCAAAAAUUUGAAAUUUGUGAAAUUCCUUUUUUUUUUUUCCAGUGAAUGUUAUUUUUUAUUCACUUAAUGUUUUCUCUUUCUCUUCUAUUUCAUAACGGCCAUUGCAGUGUGUCACACACGUAAGUACAUUUCUACAAAUUAUGUGUACUGCUGUAUUAAUCUUUAUCAAAUUCCAUCCUAAACGGAGAUACUUAAAUGGAAUUUCGGACAAAUCGUAUUUUCAAUGCCGUCUCUCACCUUUCACGUAAGUGCCUUUUUUAAACUUCCCCCCAGUCCUCGGUAAAAAAAUAGGAAGGAACGCUAGCGAUUCGCGCGUCUUGCAGUUUUACCACUCUAUCACAACAACGUGUACAAAGAUUCCCCCUCGAUUUUUUUAAUUUCAUGAUUUUUCAUGAUUUCAAUGAGAACAGUCUUAAACUUCCAGGAGAAAAAAAUAUCAAGAUCUAGGGUCACUUGUUUUGGGCGAUUCAGCUUAAUUGUAUGGAUUGACCAAUAACGUCUCGAGCAACACAUAUCCAAAUUAAGUAUGCUUUGGAGACGCAGAAUCGAGUUAAAAAAACGAGCGAAUUGUUGAGCUCUGAGCGGCUAUAUAAGGUGGCUCGACUGGAUUUGUUAGGGAGUAACCUCAUCACUUUGAGCGUUUACCACGUCGGCAUUAACAAAGAUAACGCAAAAAGGUUACCACAGUUACUCUGCUUAAAUAUGAAAAAUUGUUAUGAUCCAUGUUUUAUUGACAUCAGAGAUACCAUGGCAACAUAAUGACGCCACUGAGUUUUUUACUUGCACUUGUUUUUCUUGGUUCUAAUGGUUUUUUCAGAAAUCGCUUAAGGGAGCUUGUACCUCCCUUAGUUGCCUCGGUUAUGGCAAAGUUUGAACAAACUCUAUGAGAGCGUUUUGGAAAUAUUUUGAAACAAAGUGAGCGUCCUAAUUAUUCACUGGCAUUGUUUUCAAUUUCAUAUGCACGUGCUCAACUUUAAUUUGCAUUCAAAAGGACCCUGGAUUACUUUCCGAAGAAAUUUCCGAAAUAUGCUAAUGCAGCAGAAAUGGUGAAGAUAAUGUCUGUAGCGCCACUUUUUCACCAGGAGGGACGCAGAAAUAAAUCGCUAUGCAAUAGUUUAUUUGUAUAUUUUCAAUAUAUGCUGUCAUUCACAUUAUUUUCAUUUGCACGGAGACCCCUCAAUAUGACUGGAAAGGAAUCCAGGGUCCGUUUGAAUGCAAAUUAAAGUUGAGCACGUGCAUAUGAAAUUGAAAACAAUGCCAAUGAAUUAUGAGGUACGCUCACUUGUAAACGCAAAAUCUGGGGAAUACUUUUUGACAUUAGAAGCCCCAUUUAAUUACCUUCCUUGUUUUCAAUAUCCUUAAAAACUGGCGGAGAUAUAAAUUGACGUAAUAAAAAAAAACUAUCGAGCGGUUUUUUUAAAAAACGGUGAAAUUUUUAGGCAUGGACCAAAUUACAUACAAAAAUGGUAAAGAAAGCAACCGAACGUAAGCCAAUGAAAUUCCUCUUUCUCGCAAUCGGCCAAAGCAAUCUCUCUCUUUUUUCGUACAAUUUUCAGAUGGAAUCAAACCACUAUGAGAUGAAACGGCAUUUUCAGACCUUAUCGUUUUCUUUAGAUGUUCGCUAAUUACGUCGAUAGCAUGUUUAUUCACUGUUUUUAUGACCCUUGAAACCUUGUUUCAAAAUAUUUCCAAAACGCUCUUAUAGAAUUUGUUCAAACUUUGCCACCAACCGAGGCAACCAAGGUAAGUACAAGCUCCCUAAAGCGAUUUCUGAAAAAAAAAAAAAACAAAGCAAAACAAACAAAAAAAAACCUUAUAGAAACGAGAAAUGCAAAGGCAAGAAAACGUAAUGGCGCCAUUUUGUUGCCACGGUAACUCUGAUGUCAAUAAAACAUGGAUCAUAACAAGUUUUCAUCUUUAUAUAGUGCAGCUGUGGUAACCUUUUUCCGGUAUAUUUGUUAUUGCCGACGUGGUAAAGGCUCAAAGUGGGGAAGUAUACUCCCUCAAAAAUCCAGUCGAGCCACCUUAAAAGAGCUCCUAACUAGCUUUAUUCGUCAGCAUUGCACUUUGGAAACGACCACGCUGACCCUACGUUUUCAUCGUCUUUUUGAUUCGUUAUAUACAUGCAGCAAGUCUGACUGAAAACCUAUGAAGGGUUCUUUUACAAUGCAAUCACCUUAUAUUAAAUUAACAUUGUUAUUCCUGCAAGAAGAAUUAGUUGUGGGGUGUUUAUCGCUUACAAGAUUCGGUUAGGGUUGAAAUAGUUUAGUUCAGACAAUUCAGUUCACUUUUUAUGCUUGGUUCCAUCCCGUCACUUAAAUUUUUCCGUAAACUCUGCGUAGCGUACAAACAGCAAACACAGAGAUUAAACCAUGUGUCAAGCGGUCGCCUACAAGAGAGGUUGAAAAAUCAUGAGAGGUAGUUGUUUUCGGGAAGCUUGAACUAUAGGGUGGGUGGUCGCUUAUUGGAGGUGGUCGCGCAUGGAAGUUCAUUUCAUUGCAUGCGUUGUAAUCAGUCGAAACCUCAUCAAUUUUGGACAGGCUAAGCAUUUCGAAAUUUGGCUUUUCAAAGCUUUCUUAUCCUAGAUGUAUACUUUCACAUUAAAUAUAUUUUAUAAAUUUAAUAUAUCUUUCAUUUAAUUUAAUUUUUAGCGUGUGUUUGCUGUUGUUGCUCUUCACCCCCACCGCCCCCACCUCCCCCACCUCCACCUAAAGAACCUCCUUCGCCUUGUCCUAUGGUAUGUCUUCCAAUAUGCUUACCUUGUCCAAAACCACCUUGCCCGUGCCGUCCGCAUUGCCUACGACGUCCAAGAAUCCGGAGGCCCUGUUACCCUCCAUGCCGAAUUUCAGCGCCUCCCAUUACAGGGCCCAUCCAAGGACCUUACAUAGCUCCUCCGCAGGUCACAGGACCGUGCCAUCCACCGUGUUUUCCACAGCGACAGCGAUUACGGCCAAUUCUACCAGCUACACCAGUUUUACCACACGGACCAAUUAUCGUGGACCACCCCCUUAGAGGACCUCCUAUAUUCAUAGGUGAGUAAAAUGCUACAAAUAGGAAACGGUGACCGGUUGUAUUUUUGAAUGCGCCUCGCAUAGUGAUGGAAAGCAAAGUUAAAAUUUUUGCCGUGGGGUUUUCUGUAUGAAAGUAAUUGGGUUUGCUUAACUUUCUUGGCAAUCGGCGUAACCUGUACCGACUCAUCGCACAUGUUGAUGUGGCUUGUGAGUCUACUUUAGCAAUGUCAAGUGUGAGUUUACUUUAGCAGUUUAAAAAAAAAAAAACCUGUGAGCACGCCUUCUGGUUUUUAGGAAGAGGCAACCUCCUUCUAGCCUUGAGAGUAUAUUUACAAGAUGUUUGAUAGGUGCUUCGAGUAAAUAUUUGAAUUACUUUACUGAUGCGGGUUUAACUAAGAAACCCAGAAACAAAGCUUUAUCAUGUUUAUAAUAUAAAAAUUCACAAAUGCUCUCUUGUAGACUGUUGCUUAAUUAAAAUCAAAACUUUUGACAAAAUGCUUUCGUGUUUUCGUUACCUUGUUUUGUAAAAAAAGGAAAUCUCUCUAUUUCUAUUUCUAUUUCUAUUUGUGUAAAAUUUUUACCUGUAAAAGAUCAAUACACCCUUUGCACGUGAAUUUCUUGCCUUGUAUUUUAGAAAAUAAUAAAGAUAUUAAUAGGAAAUUUGGAUUUUAUAACCGAUACCGAUUCAUAAAUUCAUAUGAACAAUCGUAUUAACCAAGUAGGUAAAGCCGGUUUCUAUCAUAUUGAUAACAUCCGUCGAAUUUGGUCAAAGGAAUGCCUGGAGACAUUAUUUUAUGCUUUUGUGACCUGAAGACCAGAUUACUGUAACAGUUUACUUUAUGAGCUGCCCAGAUAUCAGAUUUUGCAAGUUACAAGGUGUCCAGAACACCGAGACUUAUUUCGAACACUAGGACGUACGACGGUAUCUCGUCAGUUCUCUCUAAUCUUCAUUGUUUGCCAGAAUUUAAUCGUAGCUAUUUUGAUAUUUUAAUUAUUACUUUUAAGGUCAUUCAGGGCAUGUCACCGAGCUACAUCACCGAUUUAUUUAGCAUUAGGGCCUGUUCUUCAUAUUCAUUAAUAUCGCAGCACUUGUUUUAGAACAUCCUAAGGAGCGUAUGUCGGCAUCUUUAGGCGCUAGAUCGUUUUCCGCUGCCGCCCCUACAUUAGAUGGGUUCACACUGGACAUUUCAAUUGCACUUAAGACUAACUUGUGUGAACGGUUCCUUUUUCACUUGACUGAUCUUAACUGGUCGCACUUAGUUGCCACACAAACUUCAAAACCUUAACGUGCCGAAGUGCCCUCUCAAGUAAGGUCAAAACCUUCCUGAGACAAUGUAUUCUUUUUUCAACUCUUUCAAGCCAUUUUUUCGUGUCCUCUUGGAGCAAUAAGCAGUGAUAAUUUUGCAAGAUAAGUCAACCUCGUUUUAUUAAUGUAUUUUUAUCAGCAUAUUUACCUUCUGUCGGUUUUAUCUAUCAUGGAUUCAAUUAGUAUGACUGUAAAGAGCUUUUGAUGAUAUAAAAUGUUAAAUGGCGCUAUUAUAGUAAAGUUAUAAAUUAUUAUUAUUAUCAAUAUUAUUAUAAAUUUUUAAACAAUCCAUCUACCAACAGAUCAGUGCCGUGAUAUGAUACCAGAGUGCAGGGAUUAUGCAAAGAGAGGAAUGUGCAAUCACCCAUCACCCUUACACUCUAUACAACAAUUAAGGAAAAUGUGUCCUUUCUCCUGUGGUUUUUGUAAUGGGUAGGUUUAUUAAAUUGUUAAAGCUGACGGUUUCAAUUACAGCUAACGUUUUUACAAGCAAAGGAGAAAACCACCAACAAACUCAACCCACAUCCUAAAUUUGGUUCCCUGAGUGCUGUCAUCACUGCGCCACCCUUGCUCCCCUAGGAGAAAACUUUGAACAGAGGGCUUUGCGUACCGUACUAUUGGUAUUACUGAGAUUAUGUAACUUUAAAAGCACUAUCUAUGGAGUACAGAAUGCCAUCUUUGUUCAAUGUACAGACCGUACAAUGGAACGCCCAAAGUAAAUACGACCUCUUAUUAGAGUUCCAGACUUUUACUUAAGACUAUAUCUCCACACUGCGGAUUUAAGUGACCAGCCUGUAUUAUUCCAGACCUAGGAAUCCUAAAGGAGCAGCUAACGGAAUACUCGCGCGUUGUUUUUAUGGCGUUGAGCCACUAGGAAAACUAAUCUCAGUAAAAGACUUUUGCGAAUACUACCAUCUUAGCCUUAUCUUUUUUGUCUUAUUUACUCUAGUUACGAUGAAAAUGCAGCUCUUCUUAGAAGACAACAACUUUUUAAGACUCACGUUUCUCCUAGCCUCCGCGCAAAUCUGAACAGAGCCUUGGAUCAGAUCAUUCGAAACAAAGCUCUCGAAGGACAAUCUGCAAUAGAGCCCCAGAAAACGUUUAAAGAGUCUCAAACGGGGCAGAAGAAAAUUAGCAAUCCAGCCACUUUGACUUCACCAACUCUGAUUUCA